AUGUGAGUGGUCGAUCUCGGAUUACUCAAAUCCGUAAUGUUUAAGAAAGAGGCUGUUUAAAGUCAUUCAUUGUGUUAGUUUCAUUAAUACAAUUAAAUAUGAAGAUUUUAUAGUAAACAGCUGGGAAAUAUCGGCAUACAAACUUGUAUUACUUUGAAAAGUUUUUACUGGAUACGAAAAUACGGCUUCAGAAUUAGGACGCCAGCUUCGGAUCUUUGACAGGACGGGCUGCUGUCGACUUCGGUUGAAAGUCUGUGAAAUUAUCAGAAAUCAAAAACAUCAUUAGCAUCUUUUGUGUUAUGAGAUCUUACUAAAACAACACAAGAUGCCAGUGUUCCACACAAAAAUCAUAGAAAGUAUUCUGGAACCUGUAGCGCAGCAGGUGUCCAAGUUAGUCAUUCUCCAUGAAGAAGCAGAAGAUGGCAAUGCCAUGCCUGACCUUGCUAUGCCAGUCCAGACCGUCAAGCUGGCUGUCGACAAUCUUGUUAAGGUCGGUUAUGACACAAUCAAUUGCAGUGAGGAUCAGAUCCUGAAACAAGACAUGCCUCCCGCCCUCAACAGAGUCGAGGAAGCUUCCAUGCUUCUCCUUCAGGCCUCACAACUUCUCCGAUCAGACCCAUUCUCCGCUCCAGCCCGCAAAAAACUCAUAGAGGGCUCUAGAGGCAUUCUACAAGGGACCUCAGCCUUACUGUUAGCGUUUGAUGAAUCAGAAGUGAGAAAGAUUAUCCGUGUGUGUAAAAAUGUGUUGGAGUACCUGGCUAUAGUGGAGGUGGUGGACCGGAUGGAGGAUCUCGUCACGUAUGUAAAGAAUCUGAGUCCAGUCCUCACUACCAUGGCCAAACAGGUGGACGGUCGGGAAAAGGAACUGACCCAUCAGGUCCACAGGGAGAUGCUGUGUCAGUCCCUGGACCAGGUCAAGAACCUAACUCCUGUUGUCAUCAGUGGCAUCAAAAUUUACAUUACAGCCAAAGAGAACUUUCAGAUGCCGCAGCAGGUGGUUGACGCCCAGUGUAACAGAGACUACAUGGUGAAGAAGAUGAGGGAUGAAAUCCACGAAAUUAUUCGAGUGCUACAGCUGACCACAUACGAUGAGGAGGAAUGGGACGCUGAUGACCUUGCCAUCAUGAGAAAAAUGCAAAGUACUAUCGACCAAAAAGUGAAACACGCUAAUGACUGGCUGGCGGACACAACAGCUCUCGUAGGAGGGGCUGGGGACAAGUCUCUGCGUCAGAUAUUGGAGGACUCACGACGAAUCGCAGACAGAUGCAUUAACCCUGAUGACAGAGACAUCAUAUUGAAGACGGCAGGAGACAUGGAAUCCAUGACUAACGCUCUUUCAGAACUCCGACAGCAGGGCAAGGGCAGCAGUCCACAAGCCAUGUCUCUAGCCCGGCAAAUCCAAACCAAAUUACACGAGCUACAGAGACACACCCAGAACGCCAUUGCUAACAGUGAGCGGUCUGGUAUACGGCGCCCCGCCCCCACAGUGGAGGGAAAGGUAGAACAGGCUCGUCAAUGGCUGUCACACCCUGGCAUGGAUGACCGAGGACUUGGAGAACAGGCCACACGUAUGGUGGUAGCGGAAGGACGCCGUGUAGCCGAUUCAUGUCCGGGAACUCAGCGCUCGGAGCUGCUGCGCCUGUGUGACGAGACAGAAAUACUCACUAGUCAGCUGUCAGACCUCAUCAGGAAGGGUCAGGGAGAUAGCCCACAAGCCAAGGCACUAGCUAAAGCUCUGACAGAGAAACUUCAUGCCCUCAAGUACAAAAUCCAGGAGGCACUGGUCAGCCAAGUUGCUGAUGAUUUCAUUGACAUCUCGACUCCUCUGAAGAACAUGACUGAUGCUGCCCUGGCACCCUUAGGAACUCCGGGUCGCGAAGCCACCUUUGCUGAUAAGGCUAGGCAGUUUGAGGACCACGCCUGCAAACUGGCAGACACUGCUAAUAUGGUGGCAACUAAAGGAGGGUGUAGGAACAAGAAAACGGUGGAGGCCAUUUUCAAAUCAUCUGCACAGGUCAGUGACUUGACACCACAAGUGGUAACAGCAGCGAGAAUUGUACUCGCCGAACCCAACAACCCCGCCGCACGGGACCACUUUGACCUAAUGAAGAAACAGUGGACAGAUAACAUGGAACAACUGCGAGGUUUAGUGGACGAGGCUGUUGACACGCCCGCCCAUCUCAAGGCCGUCGAGGAAGCUAUCCUACGGGACACAGAUCGUGUAGAGGAUGGUAUCAGAACUAAUGAUCCAGCCAAAAUGGUAACAAAUGGCUCAAACAUUGCCCGCCGAGCCAAUCGUGUGCUCCAGGUGGCUCAUACCGAGGCCGAGAACAGUGAGGACCCACAAUUCGUAGACCAGGUUAAUCGGGCUGCAGAAAACUUAAAGUCAACGAUCUCUCCGAUGGUUCAGAAUGCCAAAGUAAUGUCUAUGAAUCCAAAAGAUGGCAACGCUGUCAACAACUGGAGGAAGGCCAAUCAGAAUCUUAUAUCUGCGGUGGGUGGUGUACGUGAAAUAUUCCGAGAGGAGCCAGGUAACGACCAGUUCCCCCCUCCUCCUCCGGACCUGUCACAGCUUCACAUUACAGACCAUUCCAUACCACCGCUGCCACCACCGCCAAUCUGGCCUUCCCAGGAAUUUAGCGAGAUAUUCAACCUGGGCAGGCCGCCAGCCUCCGCUUACGGUCCGACUAGCGCCACCUAUAGCCCCGUAGUCGUAGAUAGACCUCCGAGUAGAGAUAUCAUGGCUAGAGUUCCAGAUCAGUUUGCAGAUGGAUCUCACAUGAUGCCGCACCCUGAAGAGCGAAGCUAUCAGCAGUCCACGAUGAGACAACAGGAGGCAUACCCGGGCCAGUUUGCGGCCCCGGCACCCCCACCCCCGGUGCCCCCACCCCCUCAGGACCCCUUCGGCUACUAUGGCAGAGAUGGUGCCCCACCACGCCCACCCCUGCCGACAGACUCCACACCUCCCAGGCCCCCACCUCCAGAUACGGAUGACGAGGAUGAUAUGAUCUUCCCCUCUGUGCCUCAGGCAAACCAACCUAUCAUGAUGGCUGCCCACGCCUUACACAUGGAAACGAAGCAGUGGUCAAGUAAAGACAAUGAGAUUAUUGGUGCGGCCAAGCGUAUGGCUAUCCUAAUGGCCAAACUCAGCCAGUUGGUCAGGGGCGCGGGAGGCUCCAAGAAGGACCUCAUAUCUACUGCCAAAAAGAUCGCUGAGGCAUCAGAGGAAGUAACACGGCUCGCCAAGAAACUAGCAGCGGAGUGUACAGACAAAAAAAUGAGAACAAAUUUGUUACAAGUGUGUGAACGUAUCCCAACCAUCGGCACACAGCUGAAGAUCUUAUCUACUGUCAAGGCAACCAUGUUAGGCGCUCAAGAACCCAUACCAGCUCCCGACGGCAGCGAGAUAGCGUGUGGUUCGGAGGAGGACCAGGAAGCUACGGAGAUGUUAGUUGGUAACGCCCAGAAUCUCAUGCAGGCUGUCAAGGAAACUGUCAGGGCUGCUGAGGCUGCUUCCAUCAAAAUUAGAGUAGACUCAGGAUAUACAAUUCGCUGGUUGAGGAAGAGGCCAUGGUACACAUCAUGAGUGUGAACUAGCCACUGGGCAGGGGACAAGUAAUAUAAUUGAGGGGAUCCGAAUGAACAGAGUGGAUAUUCCAUGGAACAGUGCAGAGAGCUUACAAAUGUCCUGACAUGUCAAGUGUAUUUGUUGGACAGAAGUAGUCCUGUGAGGAAAUUUGGGGUGGGGAUCGUGUGUUUGUACAGGAUGUUGUCCGUGAAUGUGUAUAUGUGAAUUACUCUAGCUUUUCAUUUGGAAUGUCUGCGUGUAUUGAAGAAAAUCUUACAAAAAAAUUAUGGUGCAAUGGCUUGUUAGAUCAAACCAAAUUGAUUCUAGUUCUUAAGCUUGUCAUCCUCGUAAAAAUUUGAAGUCGGGCAAGUUUGACAUCAAUCUGAAUUUCUACAGUUUCUGUAAUACAUAAUUCCUGGAAUGAAUUAUGAAAAAAAAUGUCUCUGUCAGCAAGAGGUAUUAUGUGACAAAAUAACAAGGUGAUAUAUUUGUAGAAAUGAUAAAAGAAUUCACUCAUCCCGUAUUUUUAAAGGAAAUUUCAUUCUCAAAUAAAAUCUCAAAAUCUUCUAAAAUAAAAUAGAAAUUUAAAAAAAAAAUGUUUGCUGGUAAAUUCUGAAGAACUACAAUUUGGUUUGAUGUUGCCUGAUUAUUAAUUAGAUAUGUGUGUUUUUUCUAUGUACUGGAAACCAAUGGGGAUACAAAUAGUUUAUCAUACAUUACCAAAUAUCUGGUUCAUGUUGUUGGGAGCGUUACUUAAAUAGUAUGAAUUUAUCGAAAUUGGUCAAAUUAUCAUGAAUGGUAUUUCAUGCAGUACAUGAAAACGAUGAGAUUAUCAGACCAGUAUUGACAAUAGUGUUAACCUAUUCUGAUGCUAUUGAUCGCCUUUUUUCGACUUGAAAAAUGUCUGUUAAUUUCUUAGCGGUUGUGUCACAGAGGUCCGCCAUUUUUGUGUUCAACAUUGUUUAUUUCAAACACAAACCUUUUUCACUUAGAAAGUCACCUCGCUGUACGUGACAGUUGGAAUCAUCAUACCAUCCACAUGUUGCAAGAUGAAAAUCCCAGAAAUAGGGCUCAAAUGUUUGUCUCAAGUGUAUCACAUGUGAACGAAUUCCUCAUCCUCACCUAGAUUCCCUAACACACAAAUUUAAAUAGUCAUUAUUACAUCAUGACACACAAAAAAUAACGCAAAUGUUCCCCGUGAAUACAGCUUUCAUUUAAAUUUUUAUAAUCAUGUUAAGCUGUAUGCAUUCUAGCUUUGAAUAAAAUAUUUUUUCAUAUGUUGUUUUCUUCCCUUAGAUUAGAAAAGAAUGAUUUUCAAACUUUUUAUCUCGCCAUAGAGUAGAAAAGAAACGUUCGAUGUUGAAAUAAAUAAGUUUCCCAUUUUUUUCCUGUGUAGUUUGUUUUGUUUCGUGAUACAGCUAAUUAUGGUUAUGUUUAUAAUAUCCCCCUAGCUCUUUGUUAUUGUACUUGUUUGCUGUGUUCCAGUGUAUAUAGAAGAAACAAUGUCUAGAUAUUGUCCCUGGGACGCCCUAGUUAUGACGUCAUGGUGCUACGUUAUUAAUAAACCACACAGUUUAACGUUAAGAUAUGUUAAAUGUCUUCUGUAACGACCCUUGGUAGUAUACUUCAGGUAUUUAACAAGGUCAUUCUGUAUUAACUAUAAACUCAUUGGAAUAUAAAAUGUACCUUAUACAUCCCCAAAAAGUAUGCAAUUUUUCUAUUGAUAAAGUUUAAUGUUUGGAAGACAUAUGUUUUCUCACACUCACUGCCAAAGAAUAUCUCACCUGCAUGCACCAAUAGUUUCCAUCACUUACAUUUUUGCCAGUAGAAUUCAAGGGGUUCUAAUAAAAAUAAGAUGAAAACGCAGUGUAAAUGAGGAGAUUAUAGCUCACUACAGAUCAGUAAUUUCUGUGUAGGAAUUUGUAUUGCAUAAUUUCUCACCACACACUGCUGGGAUCAUUGUAGAAAUGCGUACCAUACCAGGGUACAUUGGUACUGUACCAGGGUAUAUUGAUUGUGUACCAUACCAGGGUACAUUGUGUACCACACCAGGGUACAUUGAUUGUGUACCAUACCAGCUGGGUACAUUGAUUGUGUACCAUACCAAGGUACAUUGACUGUGUACUGUACCAAGGUACAUUGAUUGUGUACCGUACCCGGGUACAUUGUGUAUCACACCAGGUUACAUUGAUUGAGUACCAUACCAGGGUAUAUUGAUUGUGUACCGUACCAGGGUACAUUGACUGUGUACCGUACCAGGGUAUAUUGAUUGUGUACCAUACCAAGGUACAUUGACUGUGUACCGUACCAGGGUAUAUUGAUUGUGUACCGUACCAAGGUACAUUGACUGUGUACUGUACCAAGGUACAUUGACUGUGUACUGUACCAAGGGUACAUUUAUUGUGUACCGUACCAGGGUACAUUGCUAUGUAAGAGGAACCUGUGUAUUGUGAUAGGAAGUGUUGAUCCUGGGAGCUGUUCAGUCUAGCCAGGUUUUGCUGUAUUACCAGACACAGCUGGAUGGUCCUCUAUGAUACAUUAUUAAGCUUGUGCCAUAGCUAGUCAUUAUGUAACCAAUCUUUACUCCAAUACUUUAUGAUUUUAUACCCUGCUGUAUGUUAUGAUUUAUAUAAAAAUAUAUAUGUAUACAUCUUUAGACAACUGUUUUGGGAGGGAGAGAUUUUGAUCAAUCUUAUAAUAAUGUGGGAACGCCCUUAAGGAUAUAUACUACCUAACGCUGUGAAGAGUUCCACAUUUAGAAAUAUGAAGAAAUGAUAAUAUAUUUGAAAAGUUCUUAAGAUUUUAUGUGUUGAUAAUGCUCAGAUCAGUCUUCAUUAUCAAAGAAUGCUAAUUUUAGAUAUGUUAAAGGGAUAUAACUCUCAACACAGGUUACAAUUAAGGUAGCAUAUAUCCUUAAGUAUGGCUUGAGAUUUUUUAGUAAACAAAAAUCUAUGUUAGAAGACUUGAUGAUACAAACUGCUACUACAUAGAAACUUAUUCCAGAUAAUGUCAUUUUAACCCUGACACGAAACCAAACAUUUGUGGAGGACAGUAUUCGAUAUGGUUGGAAUAACAAAAGGUAUACACAUUUUUUCCUUGUCACUUUUGGAAUUGGAAUCUUGUUUUUCUCAUAAUCACCAAAUAUCAUACAAUUUCACACAUUUUCUAAUUUUAUGUAAAAGAUGUGAAAUUCUAGCUUUCAGUUCGAAGUGACAUGUCCCGUUUUGAGGUUAUGAGAAUUCUUUGGUGGUAAAUAUUAUUGCUGAUGCUUGCCUGUCUUUUAUAGACUCACAAGUCCAGAUCCUUGAUCUGAAAUAUUCACGAUAUUUAUAUCAGUCUGUUCAAUGGAAUCUGAAUACAUUAGCCUAUCUCACUUUCUGUUGAAAUUCAAUUAGGAGGUGGGGUGGGGUAUUGGUGAAACAAAUCAUUUUACUACUGUGUUAAAAGAUUUCCACCAGUCUGAAUCAUGGAUCAAUUAAUCUGUUUCACUUAAUGUGUAGUUUUGAAAGGACAAAUAGAGGGAUAUUUAAAUAACAAAUCACCUUGCAUGUUUCCUGUUUCCAUUUUUAUAGAUUUUCCAUCGUCAAAAUUAAUACCUUACUUAUGAAAUUCUUUAGUCAUUUUUGUUCGAUAAAAUAUAAGGUACCUGUUUGUCAUUUUUGUUACAGACAUUUGUACAUUUUGUUAAAUGUAUUUAGUACUCAAUAGCAUUUUUAUCGUUCAGUCAUUUAAGUAUAUAAAUUUACACCAAUAAUAUGUUUUUCUAAACCUUGUUACUCAGGUGUAAGAUUUUCUGAAUUUCAUCUUCUGUAACUAAGAUUGGUUUUCUGUUGUUAUAGUUACACACUAAAGAACUUAUUUGAAUUAUCGGAAUGUAUUCACCUGGUACCUGUAGAUGUUAAUGGCAUACCAGACUUGGUUUGAUCAUUCACAGUGUGUAAAAUCACGGAAUUAGAUAUCUAAGUCUGUGGUACAAUGUAUGAAAAUAAUAAAAAA